GUAUAACAUACGGUCACUGGCUGGAUUUAUCCAUUCAUUUGUGCAUUCACAUCCCUCACCCAACAGAAGCAGACGUGUAUUACCUGGUUACGCAUAACUACACCGUACCAACUUUGAGCUUCCAUAUCUAUCCUUACGCAAAUUGGACAUCACUUCACAGACGCAUUGUCUACUCCAGAAACCACCUGGUAUCCUCUUAAGGCCCCGCAUCUCCAUCUGUAUUCCUCUGGACAUCACGCCCACAUCGUCUCCACACAUGGCACAGGAACAAUCCGGUUCGCUGCCGCAAUUCUAUGGCCAGACUAUGGCGGACGGCACGAUGGUUGAAAGCCCCCAGUUCCCCCUAGGCUCCCAGGGCAGCCGCGAUGCUCUCCUUAGGCUACCUAUCCAGCCCAACGCCGCGCAUGUGAGCCACCAAGAUCAGCCGUUGAUGUCGCCCAUCAGUGCGCUGCCCAACUCUCCCAACGCAAUGAGCAUGGGACCUGCUCCUGUCGACGUUGGGAGCAGAAACCGAGCCAGGCCGAUGGGAGACAGCAGCCGCUGGAUGGUGCCGCACGUCAGUGACCGAGAACGCGAAGAGGAGUAUCACUCUCGAGGACAUAGGCCUGGUCGAGGCUCCGUUUCGCAUCGCUCUGCGUACGUAGAAGAUUACUCCGAUGAAGACGACCGGCCUCGUGCGUACCGUCGUCCCGCUCGGAGACACGCUCGGCCGCCACCUGCGCACGGUCGUAGGUACUCUGUUGAACAAGGUGGACGUAGUAGCAUGGAUGGAGGACGGGCAAGCUACGAGUAUGGCUAUGAGAGCGAUACACCAACCAAGCCGCGCAUCCAUGCUAGCUACGGCUUCGGCAGCGAAGGUGAAGACAAUGGGUAUCGUAGGCCAAAGGCCGCGUAUGGCGAUGGCGGGAGGAGAGGCCCGCCUCGGAGACCAGCGUCCACGGAGGAAGUGAUGCGCUUGCCCUGGACGAUGUGGAUGAACUCGAAUGCAAAGAAUCAUUUUGUGGCCUUUGUCGGCGAGUUCGUCGGCACAACCAUGUUUCUCUUCUUUGCCUUCUCAGGAACUCAAGUCGCAAACGUCAACUCCGCCGGGUCCUCCAACACCACCACAGGUGCUGAUACUGGCUUCUCCCCGCAAGUCCUUCAGUACAUCUCCCUUGUCUUCGGCUUCUCCCUCAUGGUCAACGUAUGGAUCUUCUUCCGUAUCUCAGGUGGCCUGUUCAACCCUGCCGUCACCUUUGCUAUGCUGCUUACCAAGGCUAUGUCCCCAGUGCGGUUCUUCUUGCUGCUGGUUGCGCAGCUUGCUGGGAGCAUCUUUAGUAGUUUCUUGGUCAGUGUGAUGUUUCCGACACCUCUGAAUGUGAGGACUACAUUGAGUGCGGAUACGAGUCUAGUCCGGGGGGUGUUCAUUGAAGCGGUUCUGACAGCGGAGUUGGUGUUCACCAUAUUCAUGCUGGCGAAGGAGAAGCAUAAGGCAACUUUCAUUGCACCUGUUGGCAUCGGACUCGCACUGUUCGUUGCGGAGCUCGUUGGCGUGUACUACACCGGUGGCUCCCUCAACCCCGCACGGUCUUUCGGGCCCUGCGUCGUGACAGGCAUCUUCGACCGCGAACACUGGAUCUACUGGGUUGGACCUGCCGCCGGCGCCGUGCUCGCCGUAGUGUUUUACAAUUUCAUCAAGAUGCUAGAAUACGAGAUGGCGAACCCUGAUCAGGACGCCGACGAUCAGGAUAUCAAGGAGAAGCAGACGAACGAUGAAUAGCAUGAAGAUGGCGAUGACUCUGCGUGAGGAUCAUGGUGACGCGAUGCAACGAAAUAUGGGAUCGAAUAUGAGUUAUGGGUAAUGGAUUAUGCUCUAAGGAGAUGUGAGUGCCAGGCAAACAGGAUAUGUACUUCAUUAGUUAGUCAAAAUAAAUUCCGC